AUGCUGUCGCAGACGGUGCGCGCCAAACACACCACACCAAUGAGUAGGGCAAGUAAAAUUACGCUGGCGCUGUGCACGGCGGCCAGCGCGGCCACGGUUGUCACGGUGCAUCUUGUGCAGGAGAUGGAGCGCGACGCGCUUAAGCAGGGGCCCAUCAAGGAUGCCCUACGCACUGCAGAGAAGCGCGCCGAGCGCGACGCCGACCCGGAGGCCGCUCGCAAGAAGAUGCUCAACGCUUCCGAGCACGAGCUUCAGCUAGAGCUGCGCCGGAAGUACGCAGCGAUGCAGCCUCUAUCUGGCGAGGUGGUGACGCAGGACGGCGACGUCGUCGAGCGCCGGUAG